AUGUUUAAGGGGGCUGGUAAACUCAUACCGAUUGGAGACAGUGCUGAGACUUGUUUACGGGAGACCACACCAAGGCCUAUCACCCCACCAGUGGUUAAGAAGUUUGCCAACAGUUCUCGCCCAGGUAUUGGGGCAGUCCGCGUUUUUCAUGGAAAAGCCCAUGACCCUGAUAUUGCCAGCACACUGUUCCAUGGAAAAAACACCAAGCCUCCUGUAACCGGAGGGUUAGUAAUCAACCCAGUGCCAAAAACCCUCUAUCAGCAGAAGCUUCGUCAGCUACAGGAAGCUGGCUAUUUCACCAAUAAGAAAACUCCACUUGGCAGGUCACAUGACCAGAGUCCAGGUCUCCCAGAUGGGUUGGAUGUUCUCACAACCACAUUUGGUAUGAGGAACCGGAAAGGAUUGACUGCUGGUGAGAUGGUCAAUCCCCCAAAGACAGCAGAGCAGGUGGAGAAAGAGGGCCAGGAGGGACAUCGCUUAUACAUCAAAUCUCAUGAUUCAUACUUUGUGGGUGAACCUAUCAAAAGAAAUUACAAGUGGAGCCAGUCUGUGAAGGAAAGCAGGUUCGGGGCGCCCACCCCCCAUGCAAAUGAAGGACAGGCAGUCGCCAAGUCUCUCCACUGGAUAAAGAACACACUGGAUUCCAAGCGCAAUGAUGAUUUUAAAGAGAGGUUUCAGCCACAAGUUGGAAAAACGCUUGACCCUUUUUCAGAUACGCGCAAUGUUCCAGCAGAUCACACAUUUGGAAUUUUGAUGCCUUCUCAAAACUUUGGUGUGGGCGACCUCAUUGACUUGAGUUUUCCUGAGCAGUUCUUGAAGGGGACGGAAAAAGAGCGAGCCCUUGUCAAUGCGGUUCAAGAACACCUGAAGAAGGCCAACUUCCAAAACUUUAACUCUCUGCUUCAGGCGUUCAGGCACUAUGACAAGAAGGGACAAGGAUGGCUUGACAAGGAGGACCUGCAGAACGUUUGUUGGCAGCUUAACCUGGCCCCCAGUCCCCCCGUACUGGACAGCCUGAUGGAGUGUUGUGAUGUCAAUAAGGAUGGGCGGAUUGACUUCAUGGAGUUUUCCAACUUCCUCAACUGGAAGGGCAAGAUGCCCAUCAACACACAAGAGGCGCGGCUUCUCACUGGGAGUAAACCUAGCUCUGCUCCUGCACAUGCGCAAAGAGUGAAAAUCCAGCAGCCUGAUGAAGAGACCCUGCCGGAGGUGUCCGAGCCGUUGGUCGGGCCUGAGGACCUCCAGCCCAUCCGAGCGGGCAGCACCCUGAAGACUCCUCGAACCCUGGCCCGGCCCAAAACAGUUCCGCCCAGCUUCGCUACAUCGUCCUCUCUUAUUGGUGCCGUCGUAGGGGGCCCUUCCACUGCCAAUUACCGCAGGUUUGGCAUCCCCACAGUGCGCACUGAUUUGCCAGCCCCACGCCUGAAGCGCACCGGUGACAGGACAAACUACGGUGAUGAGUCGACAGCGCGUGACCUGCUGCAUCCUACGCUGUCCUCCCUCAGAGGGGUCCACGAAGAGCACUUCCUCACUCCCCGUCCCAAACACGAGAUUGCGAGGAUAUUCCGUAAUGUGGGUGUGGACAUUCCCCAGGAUGUGUUUGAGGAGGCGUGGAAGCUGGCAUCCCUGAGACACUCUACGGGGGAAGUGUGUGUGGAGACCUUCCGGAAUGUUCUGCUGGAAAUACAGGCAAAUUAAAUAUGGUGCACUGUUGUAUUAUUUGGCAACAGAUAAUUAGAAAAUCACUUAUUUCAAGUAAAGCAUUUUUAAGUUUCUUAUUUUUAGAGAGCACUAAACAAGUCUAUACUAUAUUUAUACUGCAAAAUCAACAGCGGGUUGAUAGUAUUUCACAGUUCCCCUGGAAACUGUUCUUUGUCUUUU